AUGCUCUCCGCCGCAGCAUCGGCCAUCUCGGCGGAGGUGAACUUCACGGUCGUCAACAACGCAGCCGAUACUAUAGGAGGGAAGAGGUUUGAGCGGCGGAUAGGAGCAGACUACAGUUGCCAAGCCAUGUCCACGGCCACAAACUUCAUAUGGGACCUCCUCGAGCAAACCACCACCACCACCAACACCACCACUAGCGAGCGGCGGGACUACAGCAACGUGACCCUCUACAUCGAGCCAAUGGACGGGGCGGACGGCGUGUCGGCCUACGCGCUGGGGAACAGCCUCCACAUCAGCGCCAACUACAUCGGCAACUACACGGGGAACGUGAAGAAGGAGUUCACGGGCGUGCUAUACCAUGUGCUGGCGUACACGUGGACGUGGGACGGGGAAGGCGAGGCGCCACGUGGGCUGAGGUCCGGGAUGGCCGAGUUCGUGCGACUCAAGGCCCACUAUGCCCCGCGGAUGGUCGGGGGAUCCCCCGGGAGGACGGAUUAUUGGGACGAAGGGUACGGCGUCACGGCCAUGUUCCUCGAUUACUGCAACAACAUUAAAGACGGCUUCGUGGCGCAGCUGAAUGCAAACUUGAAGGAAGGCUACAGUCGAGGGUAUUUUAGGGAGUUGCUUGGGAAGUCUGUGGAUGUGUUGUGGCAGGAUUACAAGUCCAAGUAUCAGAUGGAUCGCCCAUGA